CCUAUAGAUGGCAGCACAAUGCAGUGUAAAUAAUGACGCCAGAUUCUAGAAACCCAGCAUGAUUCUCGGAAGAUGUAUUUUUGGAAAUGUAAACAGUUUAGCCGUUUGUGAGACGGGGAAUCCCUGUGGCACACCCAUUAAUAGACUGUAGGCGGUGACUGGGCAGUUUAGUUAGUCUCAGUCAUAUCGUCACUAAUCAAAAUUACGUGCCUUGUCGUCCAACAUUUGCAAUGGAAACGAAACUGUCGAAAGAUGCAGGCAAUAAGACAUGGAAACCUGCACCGAACAAAACAGGAAGCACCUACAGUUGUCCGUGGACAGACUGGGUAUCUCCGAAUCCCCUCGGAGCAUCAUCAUGGAGUAUAGGCUGGAAAAGCUUUACUGCCAUGGGUAAAUGGUUGUUGGACAAAAGGCCUACAAUACCUAGAACACAGGAGCUGGACCGGCGACUACCGAUACUGCCGAUCGACUUCCAUACCGUUCUUCAGCCCACAGAUGGCGUUAGGGUCACUUGGAUCGGCCAUGCGACAAGUCUAGUCCAGUUCGACGGGAUCAAUCUACUUACGGAUCCCAUGUUCUCGGAGAGGGCCGCUCCGACGCAGGUCAUGGGGCCGCCGCGUUAUCGCCUGGUCCCUCCCAAUCUGUGGAACCUCUUGAAUACGCCCGAAAUGAAAAUCCAUGCUGUGUUGAUAAGCCACAAUCAUUAUGAUCAUUUGGAUUCCGACAGCGUAAUUGAAUUGAAUAGCCGAUUCCCGGAAGCCUGGUGGUUUGUACCGGAAGGAUUGGAUUGCUGGUUUAAAGAAAAGGGUUGCAAAAACACCAAGGAGAUGACCUGGUGGCAAGAACAGGAACUACCGACGCAUCGACAUAUCAAGAUGGCAUUCACGCCUGCGCAACACUGGUGCCAACGUUUAUCAACCGGUGUUAAUCAUGUAUUGUGGGGAAGCUGGGCCGUGAUUGGUCCAAAACACCGCUUCUUCUUUGCCGGCGAUACGGGAUACUGUGAUGUGUUUAAGUCGAUCGGUGAGGAGUAUGGUCCGUUUGACGUCGCAACGAUACCCAUAGGAUGUUACGAGCCCCGUUGGUACAUGUGUCCCCAGCACGUCAACCCAGAAGAAGCCGUGAAGAUUCACAUGGAUAUCAGAGCAAAGCAGUCGGUCGCAAUCCACUGGGGUACCUUUAAUUUGAGCAACGAGGAGUACGACCAGCCGGUGAAGGACUUACACGAGGCUCGCGCUAAGAAACUGGCCGACGCGACGUCGUUCAUCGUGUUGAAACACGGACAGACGAAAACUUUCCCGUCCGGAGCAUCGGGAAGGAAUCCGUACCUUCUCCUCGCCGCGCAUAAGCCGACAGAAGACAAACAGAUACCCCGACGAAUGGAAGCCCAUCUCUGAAGCGUUAACGAGCGAAUUGUUAGCGUCCCCUCUCUGAAGAGUUAACGAGCGAAUCGUUAGCGUCCCCUCGCUGAAGAGUUAGUUCAUUAACGAGCGAAUCGUCUAUUCUGCUCUGUGAAGUCUUAACGAGCAAAUCGCCUAUUCCGCUCUGAGGCCUUAACGAGCGAAUUGACUAUUCUGCUCUGUGAAGCCUUAAGCUGACAAACGAGCGAAUCCCGUCCCCUCUCUGAAGCGAUAAUUAUAUAUAACGUGCGAAUCGUCUUGUCACGCCGUCAACUUAAACUGGGUCUACACUACCGACUUUGUAUUGGCGAGUUGGAAUAACUUCCCAAUUCGGCAACUCCGAGUUGGCGAAAAAAGAACAUGUUCUAAUCUCCCAACUAGUUGCUAUC